AUGGGCUCUCGCUUGACCAAGGUUGAAUCCCACUUAUCUGCCUUGCAACUUUCCUUAGAUUCCAUUGCUCACUCAUUAGAGAAAUUAACGUCUGGGCCACCAGUUGGAGCGUUGGACUCAUCAUCCCGGGUUGCCUCUCCCUCCGCUGUUGUUCCUCCUUUACAUAUGCGUCACGUGAAAUUAGAUUUUCCCCGAUUCGAUGGCUCAAAUCCGUUAGAUUGGAUAUUUUGGGCAAAACAAUAUUUUGCUUAUUACCACACUCCGAAUGUUGAUCGUCUCACAAUUGCCUCCGUCAACUUUGAAGGUGUCGUUAUUCCAUGCCCUCGUGCACGCCUAUUUAAGCUGUCCCAAACAUCUUCUGUUGUGGAAUAUUACAAUGAGUUCCUGCUUCUCGCUAAUUGUAGUCAGGGUUUAACGGAGGCUGCAUUAUUAGAUUGUUUUAUUAGUGGGCUCAAGUAUCCUAUCCGCCGAGAUGUUCUGGCCCAAUCUCCAUGUACUAUGUUGAAGGCAGUGUCAUUGGCGCGAUUAUUUGAUGAAAAGGCAACUUUGGGCCUCUCGGUUCCACACAACCAGCCCACUUCUUAUUCCACUUUCAAGGCGAACCCUAAUUUUGGCACCAGUUCUCUUCAGAAAAGCAAUUCUUCCUCGCCCAAUGCUUUACCACCAAUUCUUCCCACCCCAUUGACUAAAGCUUCGCCUCUCGUUCGUCGCAUUUCUCCCGCUGAGCAACAAUUGCGACGUGAGAAGGGUCUUUGCUUUACCUGUGACGCCAAAUAUACUUGGAAUCACAAAUGCCCAAACAAACAGUUGAUGUUAUUUGACUUGGAAGAAGAUCCAUCCGAAACACCCUUGUUCGACUCAACCCUUGCGGAGGUUCCCGUUCAGGAUGACCCUUCUCAUCUGUCCCUCCAUGCUUUUUGUGGAUCCUCCAGUCGCACUACUACAUAUUUUCUUGGGUUUAUCAAAGGAAAACCGGUUCGCGUUCUCUUAGAUGGGGGCAGUUCAGACAGCUUCAUCCAACCUCGACUCGUUCACCUUCUUCGUCUUCCCGUUCAACCUUCCCCUUGUCUUCGGGUUAUGGUACGAGAUGCAUACUGUCUACAAAUCGAAGGCUACAUACCUCGCCUCUCUGUUUCUAUUAAUGGCCAUGCUAUUAAGUUUCCGGCUUAUGUGUUAGAGGUGAGUGGCUUUGAGGUCGUGAUGGGUACAUCGUGGUUGGCGACGUUGGGUCCGCAUAUUGCUGAUUAUAGCACGGCACAGAUUAAAUUUACCAUGGGUUCUGAUUUUGUUACCUUACAAGGGGAAAAUUCAUUUGUCCCUCAAAUCGCGCAAUACAAUCACUUUCGGAGGCUUUGCUCAAUUGAUCAGAUAUUUGAAGCCUACAUGCUGUCAUGUUCUUCCCUUGAGCUGGAAAAUACUAUAAUGCCCUGUUUUCCCCCUGACACUCCCUCAGACCUGCUACAAGUCCUUUGUCAGUACACCUCAAUAUUUCAGGUUCCCAUGGGUCUUCCGCCAUCCCGCCGCCACGAUCAUGCUAUUCCUCUACGAGAGGGUGUAUCAGUAAUUUUAGUUAAACCCUACUGCUAUCCGUUUGUUCAGAAAUCUGAAAUUGAACGUAUGGUUGCCGAAAUGUUACAGCAGGGCCUUCUUCAGCCCAACAACUCUUCUUUUUCUGCUCCAAUCCUAUUGGUCAAAAAGCAUGAUGGAUCUUGGCGGUUCUGCAUUAAUUAUCGUGCCUUGAAUGUCGUUACUAUCAAAGAUUCCUUUCCGAUACCCACUAUGGAUGAGCUAUUAGAUGAAUUGCGCAGUUCUCUUUACUUCUCCAAAUUGGAUCUUCGAGCAGGCUAUCAUCAGAUCCUUGUUCGUCCAAAGGAUCAUGUUAAGACUGCCUUUCGUACUCAUAAUGGCCAUUAUGAGUGGGUUGUUAUGCCGUUUGGUCUCUCGAAUGCUCCAACCACUUUCCAGGCAGUCAUGAAUGAUCUAUUUCGGCCUUUCCUUCGCAAGUUUGUUUUGGUAUUCUUCGACGAUAUUCUGGUGUAUAGCUUAGAUUGGUCCCGACACUUGGAGCAUUUAUCCUUGGUUCUUCAAGUCUUACACAAUGAUAAGUUUUAUGUAAACUUAUCAAAAUGUUCUUUUGGUCAAUUGCAAGUGGCCUAUUUAGGACAUGUGGUUUCUAGACGAGGAGUAGAAAUGGAACCUACAAAGCUGCAAGCGGUGUGUGAAUGA